AAGAAAUUGUUGAAUAUUUUGAUGGUAAAAUAGGUGUAAGUUAUUAAAAUCGAAGGGAGUAUUAUGAAACCUUACGAAGAUGUGCAGGCUGGUAUGGAAGAAAUAGAGGUUGAUCCUUAUGAUCUUUACGCUAGUUUGGGUACACUCAUUGUUGAAGGUCGACUGUCUGGACUUGCAGAAAGGGGAUACAGAGAAGAUCCCUAUUGUUUACCACCUCAUGGUCAAAACAAGUGUGAUAUUACUUCUGAAAUUUGCCAGCAACAGGCUGUUUUGUCAAAGCACAUGUUGCUGCUUUGGAAGUAUAGCAUUCCCAUGUCCUUAGAGGUUAUUUUGCAUCAUAACUGUUGUAAACCAGAGAACUUUGAAGGUUUAGAUACUGAAACAUCAUGUAACAUUCAUACAUCAUCAGUUCUACUAGAGAAAUGGAACAUCCACAUCCUACCAAAAGUUUCAUAUGCGAACAUAACACCUCAAGGAUUGAUCUUGGCAGUGCACUCAUUUCUUUAUUUUUCACAAUUACGUGUCUGGUGUAGUCUUUCAGGGGACAAAUCUCCACAAAAUGUACAAUAUAGAAUUUGUGUUCCAGGAGAAGCCUCCUCGAAAAAAUUUUCCAAACCACCUAAAAUGCACGUUUUUCCCGUGGUUAAUGUUGGAAAAAAUAGUGCUGUAAAAGUCACUGUACAAACUUUACCUCAUAAUGUGCAUCUUACCAUUGCCUGCAAAAUUAAUCAAAGACAAGACACAGAAGAGAGAAAAGUUGCUGAAGUGCCCAAAACAGUAGGGGAUGGAAUUGGAACUUGUGUACAAGAUUAUGAACUUUUCACUGCUAGUAAUCUCGUAUCUCGAGGUAAAGCCGACAAACUACCAUCACGAACAGGAAGUUCUGCAGAAUCCAUGAUAGGUGACUGUCUUCUUGAUCCACUACAGUGGUUACAUUGUCAGUCAUCCUCCUACAGUGGCACUUCCAGCAUUGAAGCUCCAGAACGACCUAUGCCAAGUGUAGCACAUAAUAGAAAAGAAUGUGUGAAAGGACACAAUGAUGAGCAAAGAAGACAUCAAAGAUGUCCAAUUGUGGAACGUUUCUUGAGAAAAGAACGUGAAGCAUCUUCAGAGUUAAAAUCUUUGAAAUGUCAAGAAAUGUCUUUGAACACAAUGAAGUAUGAUUCAAAAGAACAGAAAAUAAAUUCUUGUUUGAAUGAAACAAAAGCCCGUGAAGUGAGCUCAUGUUAUUAUGAGGUAAACCAAUCUACUUUGUCAAACCAAGAAAUGCAGUUUUUUAUUGAAACAUUAUGCCAGAAGUUUAUAUGCAAUAAAUAUACCACUGAAAUACACUCUCUAAAUCAAAAUAACUGUUUACAAUUUAAAGGAAAUGUACACAUUAAUAUACCAGAUAAGAAGUUUCUCUAUAAAACCUUAAAAAACCUACUUCAUAUAACAAGCCAGAGUUGUAAAUCAUUUAUUAAAUCUGAUGUUCCAACUCCGAAAAAGAAAAAACCUGAAGAUUCUAAUCUGGAGCUUCACAGGAUUGCCUCAGCUUUCUCAAAUCUCCAGAUGAAAUUAUUUAAGAAAUAUGAAUCAACCAAUGUAAAUGGAGAACAAACUGUUUUGAAAACUAGUGAUAUUAGCUUACAGAACCAAGAGUCAAAGUUGGCUUGUGAUACAUCACAUGCCUCUGAAUCAAAAGAAGUUGUAGAUGUAGAAAUUAAGAACACAGAAAGAAGCUCUCAAUCAGUCUUUUAUCUUCAACAUGAUUGUGAAAGCAUUGAUACAGUUAAUAUAGAAAACUCCACUAGUGAAAACUUGCACAAUUCUUCACAGAAUCUCAACACUUCUGCAACAGUAGACGAAGACACCAGUCUGAUAGAGAAUGGGAACACCACUUCUUUGAAAACGGAACAACACAGAAGUAUUGAUAAUCGAAAAGACACAAAAAAUCAGAAACUUUCUCAUAGUAAAACAUGGAGUGAAGGAUUGAGCCAGCUUUGUAUUAAAGCAUGUUUGACUAAAAGUAGCUGCCUUCUGAAGCGGUGUUUACCAGUAAUUCAGAACAAUUCUUCUGUACCACCCAGUAAGAAGGCAGUGAAGAAGUCUGCUAGUAGCAAAGUACCAUCUGCAGAAGCAAAAGCUAAUUUUAGAAAAUCUCUUGACAAUGCCACUAGUUUAGUGUUCUACAAAUCUAGAAGAUUGCCUUUGACAUCAAGUCCUGUUCCCUUUCGGAAAUUGGGAACUAGCUUUGAUUUUGACAGCUCUCUGACAUCAGUAUCAGCCAUUAAGAGGGCUUUCUUUGGAAAUAACUCUGAAGAGGAUGAUCAAAGAAGUGUUCUAAGUACAAGUGCUCCACCGUCCACUACAAGUAGCUUACUUUGUAAUUUUGAGGAGUCUGUGUUAAAUGGUUGUUUAGAGCCAGUUAGUACAGUAGAUGGUUUUACUGCAGAAAUUGGUGCCAGUGGAUCAUUUUGUCCUCGUCACAGAACCUUUCCUGUCAUUGUUUUCUUCUAUACACUAGGAGUAGACAAAGCUGUUUCUCCAUACCUUGGUCAUAUCAGUCUAGAAAGAAAAGGCUACCAUGUUCCAAAACAAGGGACUGUUCAAGUGACUUUAUUUAAUCCACAUCGAACUGUGGUUAAGAUGUUUGUAGUGAAGUAUAGUCUGUCAGACAUGCCACCAAAUUGCCAAACUUUUAUGCGCCAACGAACACUCUAUAUGCCAGUAGGAGCUUCUCAGAAUGAUCCAGAAUCUCAAAAAUGGUUGAGGUACCUCAUACACCUCAGGUUUGCUAGCUCAAAAUCGGGUCGAAUCUACCUCCACACAGAUGUACGUUUAAUAAUCUUCAGGAAAAGUGAUGUUGACACAGCCACCAUUCACGGAGAUGAACCUUAUGAACUUAGGUCUUUCAUUCAAGAGCCUUUAAAUCCAAAAUUUUCUCCUCUGAAAUAAUAUUAGUACUUUGUAGACUGAUCAUGUAUGUGAUUUUAUGAAAGAAU